AUGGCUGGUAGACGCUUCGUAGAUGCUGCGAAGCUGUUUCAGGCCUCGAAAUCUAUUGCGUCGAAACAUGUCACGCUCCGAUCGCAGCAGUUCGAGGCCUACCAAAAGACGUCCACCUUAGCCAAGGCUGUCAAGAAUCAGACAGACCGCUUCACCCUCACCGCUGCCGCUGCCGUCGCCCUCUACCAACGAUCCAACGAAGCAGCCCCUACGUACGGAAGAGCCGCACCUGAACGCGCAACAGGCACACAGCAUGCGGACAUACCUAGAAAGGCAACAGUAGAGAGACAGGCACCAGAACAUAACACAAGAGAGGGAUUGAAGCAGGAUCAUCAUUAUGAUCGCUCUGGACAGACGACUGCUGCUCAGCCGCCGCCAGAGCAAGAGCUAGACAUCGAACAGGCAAAGGCACCGCGUCGGGCCCUACCAGAUGGUACUAUACCGCCUGCAGGAGUCACAUUAGGCCAAGAAGAGAAGAGUCAGGACACAUUCUCUGACCGACCGGUGUCUGAGGCUCUCAAGGAUCUACUGGCCAGAGAACAAAACACACAAGUUCGACAGGAGGAUGAGGGUAUCAGGCCGGUUGAGUCUACAGAGUCGACCAUACCAUUACCGGGGCAGCCGAGAGGUAUCUCUUCAGGAGCUACCGAGCCAAUUCCAGCUCACGCAAACGAUCUCCAGCCGUCGACAAACACAUCGAGAAUACAAAACCUGCUUGAGGGACAUGACAGAGAUGUCUUCUACACAAGAUCAGUCGAAUCGCAGCCUGAGACUCCUGCGCAGCCUCGCUCUCAAAUACCGAAGCAGACGGCAGAUAAGCAGGGAAGCGAUAGUCAUGUCGAGGAUGGACGUCUUAAUCAGGACGUCUUCUAUGCAGUACCUAAGCCUGGACAGCAGCAGGCGCAGGAUAAAGAACCCGUACAAGCUGCAGUCCCCGAACUCGAUGAAAUACCAGAAGGCAUCAAUACAGAUGUGUUUCACUCAAAGCGUGUUGCUCGGAUGCUCGGACAAGAUCGUUACUCCAGAAAAGAGCAUAUUGGCUCGACCAUGUCAAAAGGCACAGGGAGACAUCCUCUGGAUGAUCGUCCGAUUGUACAGACCGACCACAGCGCAAAGCUCCAGCCAAGUCGAUCAGCUCAGCCACCAACUUCCGUACAAGCGACUGAAGCAGCUCAGUCUCGAACCACUGAACAAGAAAUGCAAGAAUUCGCCUCUCAGUUAGCCAAGGAUGCUGAAGCACAGGCUGCAGUUUCUUCUGAGACACCUGCCGAGUUUGGCACAGAGCCUGAGAAGCCCGCUUAUGCACUUCGCGAAUCAAGAGUCCCAUCGUCGCGGUUUGGUCGACUCUGGCAGUACGCCGGGCUUGGCACCAGCAUGGCCCUAGGAGCUGUUGGCGAGAGUCUCCGUCGCGUCACCGGCACAGCCGCUGCAACUGGAGGCUCACUUAUGCUAAGCCCUGGUAAUCUUGAGAUCCUUGUUGCGAAGCUUUCCCGCAUGCGAGGUGCUGCGUUGAAACUUGGCCAAAUGAUCAGCUUCCAAGACAGCAAGAUGCUACCGCCCCAGAUUCAGGAGGUUCUACAGCGCGUACAAGACAGCGCAGACUACAUGCCAGCCUGGCAGCGGGACAAAGUGCUUUCGACAAACCUCGGAUCUGAAUGGCGUGACCUUUUCGAGUCUUUCGAGGAUAUCCCAAUCGCAGCUGCAUCAAUUGGACAGGUACACAAGGCAGUACUAAAGUCUACAGGCCAAGCUGUGGCUGUAAAGGUUCAAUACCCUGGCGUUGCCAGCUCCAUCGAUUCCGACCUGAACAACCUCUCAGUACUCCUGACCGCAUCGCGCAUCUUACCCAGGGGUCUUUUUCUCGACAAAACCAUCGCCAACGCCCGAACAGAACUUGGCUGGGAAUGCGACUACACACGUGAAGCUGAAUGCCAAACGCGCUUCCGCAACCUCGUUGCCGACGAUACAGAUGUUUUCACCGUUCCCAAAGUCUUCAGCGAAGCUAGCGGACCCACCGUGCUCACCGCUGAGAUGAUGUCCGGCGUCGGCGUUGCCAAACUCAAGAACCUAACCCAGGAUCAGCGGGACUGGAUCGGCACGCAAAUUCUGCGCCUCUGCCUGCGUGAGAUCGUCGAGUUCAAAUUCAUGCAGACAGACCCUAAUUGGACAAACUUCCUCUUCAAUGCCAAGGCUAACAAGAUUGAACUCCUCGACUUUGGCGCGAGUAGAGAGUAUCCAGAUGAAUUUGUAGAACCAUAUAUAAAGGUCCUCAUCGCCGCCAGCAAGGAAAACCGCACAGCGAUCCGCGAUCUUUCUCUUGAACUGGGAUAUCUCACCGGCGAUGAGAGCACUGCGAUGCUGAAUGCACACACCGAUUCAGUACUCACACUUGCGGAACCAUUCAAAAGCUCCGGACCAGCCGUGUACGACUUCAGAGACCAGACAAUCACAGACCGCGUGAGGGAUUUGAUCCCCGUCAUGGUCAAGGAAAGACUCGCGCCGCCGCCGGAAGAAACGUACAGUCUGCACAGAAAGCUGAGCGGUGCCUUUUUGCUGUGCGCAAGGCUGGGCUCGAGAGUGCCGUGUCGCGAGCUGUUUGAGCAGGCCAUCAAGACGUAUCAAGGGAAGGCGAAGAUGAUGUAG